GAGCGAGCGAGUGCUGUGCAGACGCGAGUGCGUAGAUAGGGUCCAGCGAACGCGAGCGCGUAGAGAGGAUGGGUUUUCAGCUCGCAAGCGCACACGUGCACGUGGUUCGACUUUUGGCACUAAUGUAACGCCGAGCGAGCGAGCAAGUGCUGUGCAAACGCGAGCGCGUAAAGAGGAUGGGUUUUCUGCUCGCUAGCGCAUACGCGCGUGUGGUUUUUAUGCGCGCGAGUUUUGGCACUAAUUUAACGCCAUAAGUUAAAUCCACAGUUCAUCAGAAGUGAAGAUCAUUUCGGCAGAUCCCGGAGCAUCAACAAAUUUAAGAAAAGAUCUGAUUAUGAGUCGACUUUUUGCCUUUCUUUGGGUAUUUUACAACAGCGGCCUUCUGUCUGGAGCCACUGUAACAAAAGGUAACUGUCCUUUCAUCUUUUCCUUGGAUGUUGGUCAAAUCUAUAUCUCAUACCCCUAACCUUAACCCCUAAACCUGAAUAGUUGUUCAGGAUACAAAUUUAACAAUGCCCCCCAAUUAGAAAGGACUUACUAUUACUAUCAUUUCUAAAGCGAUGUAUGGCUGUAAGAGAUAUAGAAUAUAUUGACAAAUAAAGCAUAUAUUUAAUAAUCAAAAAUGUAAAAAUUUGCGGAUUAUAUUACUACAAAGUGAGGCAGCAUGGGGGUGCAGUGGUUAGCACUGUCGCUUCGCACCUUUGGAACCCGGGUUCCGUGGAGUUUGCAUGUUCUCCCCGUGUCAUCGUAAGGUUUCCUCUGGGUGCUCUGGUUUCCCCCCACAGAGUCGCCCAACUGCCCGUCAGUGUGCAUGUUGAGUGACUGUUCCCUGCUAUUGGUUGCUGCCCCAUCCUGGGUUCUUCCCUGCCUUGUGCCCAUAGGCUCUGGACCCACCUCCCAAUAGGUGGAUUGGGAAAUAGGAGAAGCAGUUUCAGAAAAUGGAUGGAUGGAUGGAUGGAUUACUAUAAUGAUGCUAUCAGCAUAGAAGGGGGGCAGAUCAGGAUCUAAUAGCUACAUCUUCUUAAUUGAACCUUGUCACCAGUAAUCAGAUAUCAGUAAAAGCAGGAGACACGGUACAUGUGGUAAAGACUCAAAGCAAAUUCAGCUUUUGAAAGUUUUCAGCUUCCAGGCAGUAUACAAAAUAAUGUGAUGCGGCAAUACAUCGAUUUCCCUCACAAGAAACAGAAAGUGACACACGGGGCAAAAAGAGUGGACGAAAGCAGAAUAGAAAAAUAUCGUUGUAGCUAAUAAAUAAAGAGAGGGAGAGUGAGAUGGAACGAUUGCCCGUACUUUGUUUGUGUUUCCUGGUGAUUGGCUUCUGGCUCUCUGCUCAAACAACAAAAACACAUAGACGCACUAGGAGAGAUGAGGUACAGAUGAGAAUAACUAGUGCGGUGAAUGGGAACAGGAACGUCAUUUAUUAACAUAGUGUGGUGAGAGGAGAAAGGACCGGGAGAUGGUUUCUUCAUCCUAGAAAAAGCAGGAUGUUUAUUAUUAUAAAAGACAGGAAAACAAAUUCCAGCUGCAUCUAAGAGAGAAGUGGCCCGCUUACACUCUGGCAGGAAAAAAAAUAAAUCUUCAAAAUAAAAACACCCGUGCCCUGAGAAUUCUUACAGUCUAAGAACUCACUACACAGGACUGUUUUUAAGUGCUUGCAUUAUUAGAAGUUCUGAGGAUUGUAGACUCAUUGGAGUUGAACCAAAAAUAAAAGGAAAAGCUUAACUCUGCUUUGCUGAUCAAACCCCCGGAUUGGAAAGACAUCAUUAAAAAGUUGCUUCCAAAUAGGCCAGUGAUGGGCACCUGUUUUCUGUAAUGCCCUUAACACGGAUUCUCAUGCUGCACCUUCAGAGGCCAGUUCCCGGUGAUCACCUUCAUGUGGAAUUGUCCCAUCCGCUGGUUUCCACUUCACCUCAUGCUUCAUGUGGCUGCCCAUGCAUAGAAAAUCCAGUCAUGGAUACGCCUAUACAUUUAUAGAAGCCAAUCAGGCACCAUGGAUGAGAUCUCUUGUGUAAAUGAUUAUUUGUUUACAAUAACCUGCACAGUAAGAAUCUCCAAAGGCUCAGAUCAUAUCAGAAACAUUUCAUACUGGCUCGAAUUUCAGCACUAUGGAAAAAUAUUCAACUGUUCACUUGCAAAAAUACUGGAUAAUUACCAAUGUACAUUGCAGUCUCCAGAAAGAUUUAUAGACACGGAGCAUUUUGUCAUAAAGCUUUGGGAUAAUUUGCGGACUGCCAUGUUAGAAAAUAGGUACAAGCCAGCAAAACACAUUAAACCAGUAGCACCCUGUAACCUAAGCGUCCACUGGUUUCCUGGUGGCUAUAAUUUCACUUGGCAGAACAGUUAUGAAAAAAUUCAGCCUCGGGUUUUCCUGAUAAGGUAUCUGAAAUACAGACUUUGGUACUACAGAAGUGGAGAUUCGGAUGAUGUGACAAAGAUAGAGUUAUUUGAGAAACUAGUCCAGGUUGAAGACCUGAGGUUGGAACCAGACACAGAGUACAUAGCAAAAGUGUCCUCUAGCCCUAUUUCGAACCAUUACUGUGGGCAAUGGAGUGAUUGGAGCCCAGCUGUAAGGUGGAGGACCUACAAACGACAGGGUAAUGGUGCACUGCUGUUAGUUGGACUCGCUGCAUGUGCUGCAAUUGCCAUAAUGCUGUUUUUAUUCUUCAGACUGAAACCUAGGCUAAACCUAAAAAAGUACUUCAGUGUUCCAACACCAGAACCUUUCUUUCAAUCCCUGUACAAUAAAUAUAAGGGAGAUUUCAAGAGCUGGGUCAUGUCUCAAGGAAAUCUGGGAAGACCAUUAAAUAUAGAGGAACCCUUGAAACUUGACACCUUGGUUGUGGCCCCUCCCAUAGACCACAAAGAAAGCUAUAUUCUGCCCCCUCUCCAACACACACAGACUUACACCACCUAUGUCAAUCCAUUGGUCAACACCUAUGGCAUAGAUCCACAGGACUCCCUGUUCUCCGUCCCCUUCCUGAUGCCUGAACUUAGUGUCAUAGUGGGUUCUGUCCUGAAGCACACAGGCCCCGACGUAGGGGACUCAAGAUUCGGGGACCUGCAGUGUAGCACAGGCUACAGCAACAAUUACUGCACGCUCACUGCUACAGGCAAUGAGCUCAUCCCCAGCAAAGCACCAGAGGAAGAUUGCGAUGGCACAUUGCAGUUCACAAAGCUUUAAUACUAGUCAUAUUUUAGAUGGGGACUUGCAGUUUGUGGAAAUCUGGACAUAAAAAUGUGGAUACACAUUAGCCUUUGGUAUAAUACAAUCCAUCUAUCUAUCAAUUGCAGGAUCACAAGCUUUUUCAAUUCCACUAUCUGAAAUAAGCAGAAUUAAUGCUGAAUUGACACAGUGUAUGUCCUUAAUAUGCUUUACUUUUCUGGGGAAUUUCCAAUCAUUCUAAUUUCCCAUUAAUAGGUUGGGAAGUAUUUUUUUUUGUUGUUACAAUGUAAAUGUGUUAGCUGGUGUCCUCACUGACUUUUUAACUGCUGUAAAUAUUUUGAUAUUUUUCUAUAAAUGAAAUGGUAAUAUAUGUAAAUUGUAUUGUAAAAAGUAAGCACUGUGGGAAGAACAAGUAUAUUCAUAGACAGAGUUUGAUGUUUGCACAGACAACCUAUUACAGUGGUACCUCGACCCACGAACAAUCCUGUUCACGAACAAAUCGGGUUACGAACCAGAUGUUCGGAAUUUUUUUUGUACCGGUUCGCGACCCGUGUUUCAGGCUGCGAACACACAAACAUCCCCCAAACGCAACCCGAGGAGGCACCUGAAACAUGAUGAAGUGUUCAUUAUGCCCAAGAACGGCUGUGGAAUGUAUAAAAAACUUGUUGUAGAUGUCUUUACUAUAUCUCUUCAGAGGUUGAAUAUUUGAAAAAAAUAUAUAGCGAGAGAACAUUUUAUUAUAGCGGUACCUUUCAGUGAUUGAUAAACAUGUUUGUGAUGGUUUUUAACAGUCACAUAUCUAUGCAUAAAAUUACAGUACUUCAUUAACAUAAAUUAACUCCUAUUUUAGUGUUAUAUUCUCCAGUCACACAUAGUGGCAACUGCGUAUUGUUUGUUUAUAGUACAAACAAAGAAGUUCAUUGCCAUGCAACGCGUGGCAUCAGGAAAUGUACAUGAAAAUUUUUGGCAUAUGAAAAUAAUGUACAGUAUAAUUUUUUUUUAAAAUCACAUUUUUGAAAUUACUGUAUUGUUUUUGACUGUUAUUCAGUCUUUUAAUGUUAAUUGUUUAGUUUUUGGGGGGAUGUUUUGUGGUUCUUUUCCAUGUUUUGGCGUCUUUCGAGCGGCCAGCCCGCUAACAAGCGUAUGCUCAGUUGUCUAUUGGUCCGCCUUCCGUAAACGUUUCUUCUCUUAUCUCUUUCCCUUUUUGGCUCUAGUGUAAUUACACAUUUUUUGGUGCCGCGCCUAGCAUAAACAGUGUUUAUUCAAGUGCUGUGCUCAUGAAUGUUAAUUCUGUGUUCUAGUGUAAUUACACGUAUUGUACAUUAAAACAUAUUUUUGUUUCUGA